UCUGUUGUAUUGUUGUUCCGGUUUGUUUUAGCCUUGAGAAGCUAACGCUUGAGCUACAUUUGCUAAAACAGUAGAACGGUCCCUAAAAUGUCCCUGAAAAGUCAGAUACUGCGGGAUCUGGUGGUGGAGCGGCUCGUCGUUGCGGCAGAUGAGAUUUUUGCACUUUUUGAAAGAACCUUUGCGGAAUAUGAGGAGGAUUUGCGCAUAAAAUUACACCAAGAGACCCGAGGAGAGCUGCAAACACAACAACGACUGCCCUCAGAGCUAGGUGUCGAGGCUAUGUUGGUGCCUUCUGAAGUUAAAUAUGAAGACAGAGAAACACCAUUGGAACUCCCAUUCAAUUUUAAAUCUGAAGAAAAUAUCAACAAGUCAUGUUUCUACCAAGAAGAACCAACGGAAGAGCAUAGCCAAGACACUACUGGACAGCUGUAUGGUGCAGAGGAGCCAGGCUGCAGCAUGGUCUCAGAUAUGAAUGAAUUGGAACCUUACAGCUGUUCAGACACAGACAAUUCAGAGGACUGGCAACCUGCAUCCAAGCGGAAAACAAAAUCAAAUGGGCAAACUUUAAAUCGAUUUCAUGAGGAAUUACACAAAGAUAUUUUAAACAGCAAUUAUCAAAAUCCUGAAAAUAUGCAAUAUGGAUGGAGUGAGAGUGAGUUAUCCAUAGGGAAACAAGGAAACGAACAAUCCCCAACAUCUAUUAGCAAAGGAGCAAAAGAUAAACAGGAUAAGCCAUUCACCUGUUCAGUUUGUAAGAAGACAUUUCCUCAGAAACGAAAUCUAAAGUCGCAUAUGAGAGUUCACACGGGUGAGAGACCGUAUCACUGUAUUCCUUGCGGUCUAAGCUUCAAAUUUCAGCAAAACUACAACCAGCAUGAUCUGACGGUCCACCGCAAAGACAAACCAUUCAGGUGUCGGGUUUGUAAGAAAGAUUUUGUGGAUAAAAGUGAAAUGAUCGCGCACAGGAGCACGCAUGACUCCUCCUUCAGCUGUUCCAUGUGUGAUAAAGUUUUUAACUGUAAGAAGUAUCUGAGGAGGCAUUUGGAGAGAUGUCCCAGUAAGAAAAGCAACACGUAAAUUAAAAGCAAGAGGGUGAUGUUAUGUUAUUUAAAGAGCCCAUAUGAUGCUUUUUUCUGAUCUAUGUUGUAAUGUUGUUUCCACAAAUAUACCCGGGGUUAAGUUUUAUUUCAUUCACACAUGUUUAACACAUAACUCCUGCAUAUUUAGGCUGAAUUCUUCUCUUAAACAGAAAACACUUUGUUCUACCUUGUGAUGUCAUAUGGUAAUACAGGAAAUGCUCAGCUGUUUUUAAACUCCAUACACCUUCACUAGAUUCAUUUGCAAAAUUUCAGCCCUGGAAUUUCCAGUCUAUACUCAACAAAACAUAAAAGGUAAUGGGGUUACUCAAACAUGUGUGAAUGAAACAAAACAUAACUGCAUUUAUGUUUAUGUUGAGGUUAACAGCAUUAUAACAUGGCAUAAAGCUCAUAAUAAGCUCAUAAUUUAAGUCAAUUUUGUGUAAUAUAGGACCUAGAAACUCAUGUUUUAGAUUUUAAUGAUGCACUAUGUAAUUUUUCUGUUAGAGGGUCCACAACCUGCUUGUCUUUAUGGAAAUAUAAUAUACUUUGCCUGCAAUCUUCAUAUGGCAGAUAAGCAGGUGCUGCCACCAGCCCAAUUUCUGUGAAGAGACGAGCCAACUCACAGUAAGAAUGCAUGUUUUCCAGGUGUUUUUGAGAAAUAAAAACACAUAGUUGAAUAAAUGCAAGGUAAACGGGUUUAGUGGCAUACUAUGGAGCAUCUCAAUGGAGACAAGCAGGUCAAGGACCCUCCAACAGAAAAGUUACAUUCUAUUCAACUUUGCCUAAAUAAUUUUGUAAUGUCAGAAUAACUUAUCUGUUAUCAAAACUAACAUUUCAAAAUGUACAACUUAUAAUUUCUAUUAAAUAUGUGG